UGUAGUUACACCUGCUCUCUCCCAGUGUCUCAGAGACGGUCGGACGUCACAGAUAUAAAAAGCUCUUUCGAUUCCGGUAGAAUUGGUGUUUCAAAUCUGCUCUUCUUCUUGCCAUCGCCAGUCAAAAUAUGUGGGAAGACCUAAAGUAUCUGACGGGGUUCGGCAACGAGUUCGCCACUGAAGAUCCCAGAUGCCCAGCCUCGUUACCUGCUGGUCAAAAUACUCCCCAAGUUUGCCCUUACGGCCUCUAUGCUGAGCAGCUGUCAGGCUCAGCUUUCACUGCCCCGAGGGAAACGAAUCGUCGGACGUGGUUCUAUCGCAUCCGCCCGGCUGUUGUGCACCGACCGUUUCAACGCAUCGAUUCCUCCCAUUUGACUGUCGAUUUCUCGGCCCAUCCGCCCAAUCCCAAUCAGAUGCGAUGGAAGCCGUUCGACAUUCCGACUGAUGGCCAAGUCGAUUUCGUUCAAGGUUUGCGGACAGUGUGCGGAGCUGGCCAACCUGCCACUCGCAGUGGCUUGGCCGUCCACAUUUACACCUGUAACGUUGGCAUGGAAAACAAAUCGAUGCAAAACUCUGACGGAGAUUUUCUGAUUGUUCCGCAGCAAGGGACGUUGAGAAUCAAAACGGAAUUCGGCCGUUUGGUGGUUGCCCCGAAUGAAAUCUGCGUCAUCCAACAAGGAAUGCGCUUUAGCGUCGACGUCGAAGGACCCACGCGAGGUUACAUCCUUGAAGUCUACGACACUCAUUUCAUUUUACCUAAUUUGGGUCCUAUCGGUGCAAACGGGUUGGCCAAUCCCAGGGAUUUUAAGACGCCUAGCGCCUGGUUCGAAGAUCUGGACGUCGAGCACACUGUGGUCAACAAAUACGGCGGUCAUCUCUUCCAGGCUGUUCAGGAUCACAGUCCCUACGACGUGGUGGCUUGGCAUGGAAAUUACGCUCCUUAUAAAUACGAUCUGGCCGAUUUUAUGGUCAUCAACUCUGUCGCUUACGAUCACUGCGAUCCUUCGAUAUUUACCGUGUUGACUUGUCCGUCUGUUCGCCCUGGUGUGGCCAUUGCUGAUUUCGUCAUCUUCCCACCGAGGUGGGCGGUGACGGAGCGUACAUUCCGGCCACCUUACUAUCACCGUAAUUGCAUGAGCGAAUUUAUGGGUCUCAUUCAAGGGAAAUACGAGGCCAAGGAAGAAGGCUUCCAGCCCGGAGGGGCCACUUUGCAUUCCAUUAUGACUCCUCACGGACCAGACGCCGCUUGCUUCGAAGGUGCCUCCAAGGCAGAGCUGAAACCUGCACGAGUAGCCGAUGGUACCCAGUCGUUCAUGUUUGAAUCGUCGCUGAUGUUGGCCGUCACUGAAUGGGCUGAAGAAACUUGCUCGAAACUGGACAAAGCCUAUUACGAGUGCUGGCAACCGCUAAAGAAACACUUCCGGAUCGCCGAACCCUAAGACAAGAUCAUAACAUUGGACGUCAAAUCAUACGAGCUAUCGUGAAGAGUUGUUAUAGUCUAGUUUAGCAUUAGUAGAAUCACUUGGAAGGGUCCUAUUAUAUCAAAAUUACCUGUUUACUCCGCAAGCAAUGUACGAGAUCGCAUAUUAAAGUUAUUCUUAAAAGAAACUUUAUUAUUAAACAAUGUCCAAAUUA